CCGGCCGGUGUUUGGUACAUCCGUUCAGAGUGGCCGCGAAGCUCUUAGAGUGACGACGUUUGCAACACGCUCCAUACAUGCAGUUAAAUACGAUAACAACAAUUUAUAUUUACUGUGAUCGUUUAUCGAAAAUGGAUUGCGGGGAACUAACUUAGUGCUACUGUGAUUAGUGUUGAACGAAUAUACCCGUGACGGGAAUAAAAUGUAAACAGACAACUUGUAUUUGAUAAAUCAUCUGCAAUUUGUGAAACACAGUGGUUUGUUGUUUUUGUUGUGGUCCCAAAUGAAUAUGGAAACAAGGCAUUACUGGGAGGAGAACGGACACUCCGUCAAGUAUGACAAGAGCAGAAUAAGCGGGAUGGUGUCAGACGCUCUCGCCAGGUCUAGGAAUACCCCGAGCUACAAUUCCAACGACGGCUUCAGCCGCGUGGCGGGCGAGCAGCUCAACUUCGCAGCGCCCUCGGAGGACGAGGCGGAGUACCCGCCCGGCGCUUAUCUGAAGAAGGGGAAGGUCUCGAGGCAAGACCCGAUGUCGCACCGAAUAAUAGAGAAGCGUCGCCGCGACCGUAUGAACAACUGCCUGGCCGACCUCUCGCGGCUCAUACCGCCUGAGUACCUCAAGAAAGGCCGCGGCAGGGUUGAAAAGACCGAAAUCAUCGAGAUGGCAAUACGCCACCUCAAGUACCUUCAGGAACGCGCGAACGCUGCCGAGCGCGGUGCGGGAGAGGAACACUUCAGGGCUGGCUACCAUGACGCGGUCGCCGAAGUGAUGCGAUUCCUCGUCGAAGUUCAUGGCUACGGACCCGGAGAUGGUCUGUGUGUGCAAUUGGCAGCUCAUAUGCAGAGGCAUUGCGAAGCUAUUGCUAAAGGUGAACCCGUUCCUCGGGAAAAAGCACGAUCGCAUCCCGGUUCAUCUUCAGAAACAGCGAGUUCGUCGGGCAGUUCGCACGGCUACGCCAUGAAGCCUGGCGUCAUUGCUCAGGCCCCACCGCCCGCGCCACCACCAUUCGCCCCAGAUACGUAUGAGGAGCGACCGCAAGAACACCCCUAUUCUAUGGAAUGCGAUAGAGUAGCUCAAACACCUAUAGCAGGAGAGGGCGAAGGUCUGCCUGAAUCGGAGCCCCUGCCCUUGGACGGGCGACGUAAGAGAGAGCCCACUCUACGCACCGUGAGGAAGCCCGAACAUACAGAAGAUUACCUUCAUUCAUACAAGUUCAAGAACUCCAUAGAAAGGCGAUUUUCUAGAUCACAAGAUACUGAGGCGGCCGACAUGCUGGCCCGCACGGCGCACGCGCACGGCAAGGUGUACUCGCACAAGCGCCGCCGCGCCGCCAAGCCCGCGCCCUCCACCUCCACCUCUAAUUCUGGAUCCACUGAAGACGCACGAGACACCUCGCCACAGGACACGUCAAGCGAAUCGCCUCAUCAUCAUCACUACGACAAGCCGCCUCCACCCGCCCAAUAUGUUCCUGUUUUCGCGUUGAAUGCUCUUGGAAAAUAUUACGUGCCGCUAAGUGUUGACUACGCGUGUCUUCAGAGGCAUCUCGGCCCCUACGAUGUACUGGACGCAAGAGCAGUGCAUCUAGCCGCGCCAUUACAUCCCGUCACCAUCCACGUUAACUUUCAACCCUGUCUCAACUAUCACGUCAAGAGGGAACCCAACGACCGAGACCAGUGGCGGGCUGUAUAGACCAAAAGACACGUAUCCAGUGCUAACAAGUCUAUGCUACGACCGCCAUCUUGCUAAAAUUAUGGCGCUAACUUUUAAAAUGACAGCUAAUAUUUCAAAAUAUAUUUUGGAGCUAAUUUAAACCAUAUUGGAAAAUGAAAGAAAGAUGCCAUAAAAAAUAAAAAGCCUUCUGAGCAAAGUAUUUUCAUAAAAAGAAAACAUAUAUUUUUGUAAUCAAAACAGCUGGAUAUUUUUGAGAUUACAUAAUUUGUAUACUUACCUAAAGAAAAUUAGAGACUAGAAUGUCCGAAGCAGGAAAAGCAUAAAAUUAGGUGUCUACUUACUAAGAAAAAGUGGCGAAGUUUGAAAGUUAUCGAAGGUGUUGGAAAGUUUUAUCAUAUCAAUUAGGAACAUAUUAGUUCAGCUGAUAAAAUAUUUUUGAACCUAAAACUGGCAUAAUCUUCAGCUGUUCUAGUCAAUUGUAAGUCGAAUCCAAGUGCAAUGUGGAACGUUGCAUAUGUAAAUACUUACAAGAAUACCAUAUAGAAGGCAGUGUUUGUUUAAAAAUAAAUAAUUUAUUCUGUGGGCAUAAAAUGAAAAGGACAUUAUUAAUCUUAAGUUUUUAGCUAUGAACACGCUAUGCCCAUAGUUUCGGCGGAGGCGUACUGUGAACGUUUAUAUGAAAGACAACAUGGUGUGGACAAUGUUUUCAGUGUUCUUAGUUACGGCUGUGAUAUAAGAGUAGUCAAUAUGUAGCUGACCGCUGCGGUGCUUUAUUAACAGGACAGGAGGAUGGUUCCACAUUUGAUACUUGCUAUAUUAGUACAACAGUACAAUAUAAAAUUAGAAUAAAAAGUCAAUCAGUGUCAGCAAGUUGGAAAAUCAUUAUGGCUUAUCUUUUGUAAAUAAUUAUUUUUAAUAUUGUGCUGAUAUAGUAUCAACUGCAGAAGCAACUCAGAUUAACUGAUGAUAAAUCCCCUCAGAAAUCAGACGUUACUAAUAAUUUGAAACACUAUAAGCUGAUUCAAGGCCAAACAAAACUAUUUUUAAGACAUUACCUUUCCCACCAAAAUUCCACAGCCUUACUAUGCAGUUUAGCAUACAGGAAGUUGCUGCUGAAUAUUGUUUCAAAUGUUUUUUAUUUUAUUAUUUUUGAUGUGUUUGGAGGUAGCGGUGGAAAGAAUUUAAGGUGUGGUGUCCUCUCUUGGACAAGAUAAAGACUGAGGUUUUUAUUUAGUGGUAGCGUUAUGAUUGUUUUAGCAUUGGAUUCUCACCCCACAUAUUAUAUACAGCAGGUUAGAGUUCAAUGUGCAAAAAGUGUCAAAUUUUACGUAACGUUCUAGAUACCAUUAAAAUAGUCUGUUACUAUAAAUACUUUAUAUUUUGUAAAUAAGAAAUAAAUGUUAAAUAUUUUAUGGA